CAACGUCAGAACAAAAGCCGUGUUGUGUUGGCACUGUUUCUCAGUUUCUCAUUCUCUCUCUUUCUCCCCAAAACCUUAUCACCUCUCUCUCUUCCCCAACCGCCCCACAGCCACCCCCCCUCUCUGUGUCAUGACAUGUUCAAUGAGUUCUUCUUCUUCGCUUUUCUUCUUGGGGUUAGGAUAUGCAUGAAAGCUUAAUGAAGAAGGAGAGACAAGAAGACUGGUGGAUGAAGUUUGGUGCCACCAAAAACAAUAUUUCGCACCUCCAAUAGUGUGUGUGUGUGUGCUUUUUUUUUUUGUGUAGAUUUCUUCCUUUUGGGUUUUAAUGGUUUUUGGGUCUAUGGAGAGAUUUUGGGCUGACAGGGGAAGAGAAGAGUUGGAAGAUAUUGAAGCAUUAAAAUUCUGAAGAAAGCUAGUGGGGGGCUGGAGAAUUAAAUAGAGGGAAGGGAAUUGAUGGGAGCGUGAAGGUGUUGUCCCUUUUAACAAAAGCUCAAACCCAAAUGCUCAAAAUCAAUUCAUGAUCAAGCUUUCCUUUCUGGGUUAUAUCUCCAUUCACCUUUAUUCAUCCCUUUCCAAAAACUAGGGUUUUUGUUCACCUCUCUCCCUCAUCAGAUCUGUCACAAUAUAUAUUAACUACAUUGGGAGGCAAGAAGAGAAAAGUGAGAGUGCAUGACUAUGAGUCUUCAACCUUCUUUCCAUCCACUGGCUAUAUCAUGAACUUGUGAGAAGCAUAGUUUGUUUUAAGAGACGAGAGAAGAUGAUGAUGAACAAUGGUGUUUUGUCCAAUCUGAUGAGCAGCAAUAGCUGUGAGGUGAGUGCUUCUUCUUCUUCGAAUGGUUCGAGAAGUAAUAAUAACAGUAAUAGUAAUAAUAAAGAUAAUAGUAAUGUUGAGAGUGGCACAAGGAGUCAUCAGCCAUUUGCUUCAGCAACUCAAGCUCUUGCCCCUCCCAAGAAGAGAGGUCACCCAGAUCCAGAUGCAGAAGUCAUUGCCUUGUCCCCGAAAUCUCUGUUGGCAACAAACCGAUUCAUAUGCGAGAUCUGUAGCAAAGGGUUUCAGCGAGACCAGAACCUUCAGCUCCACAGAAGAGGCCACAACCUCCCUUGGAAGCUAAAGCAGAGGUCGAGCAAAGACGUGGUCAAGAAGAAGGUAUAUGUUUGCCCCGAACCAACAUGCAUCCACCAUGACCUGUCGAGAGCACUCGGAGACCUCACCGGCAUCAAGAAGCAUUUUUGCCGGAAGCAUGGGGAGAAGAAGUGGAAGUGCGAGAAAUGCACAAAGCGUUACGCGGUCCAUUCAGACUGGAAAGCUCACUCCAAAAUAUGUGGCACAAGAGAGUACAGAUGUGAUUGUGGUACUCUUUUCUCAAGAAGGGACAGUUUCAUCACGCACCGAGCUUUCUGCGAUGCCCUAGCCCAGGAAAAUUCAUCAAGCUCGACCUUGUUUUCGCCGAAAAAUCUGCUGAGUUCCCCCAUAAAUAGCCUCCAGCAUCUCUCUACUCCUUAUAAUCUCCAUCCCCAUGCCUUCUCCAUAAAAACAGAACCAGAAAACCUCCAUCACCAUCUCUUCAAUCCCACACAACAAGAACUUCUUCUUCCCUCUACGAGCAUUUUCGACCCAUCUUUGAUCAGCCAAACCAACCCUAACCCUACACUGUUCCAGUCAAGUGUCACUGCCAGCAGUGCACCUCCUCACAUGUCGGCCACUGCACUGCUCCAGAGAGCAGAUCAGAUGGGAGUGACUAUGAGAAAGCCCUCAGCUAUCUCCCCUAGCCCGUUAAUGCCACCACGGCAUGCUAGUUCUGGUGAUCAUCAUGAUGUGUCCGAAAGUACAACUACUGUAGCUGGCUCUACCGGCAUGGUUUCAUCUUCAUGUGGAGAAGAUCGUUUCAUGGCAGGCCCUGGUGGGUCAUUUUUCCCUCUUUUGGGGCUGGAAACUUUUUGGAAUGAAGCCGCGGCCCUAGCCUCUACUACUGCUACUGCUGCUAAUAACACUGUUAUUUCUCUUGCUGCUGCUGAUGAAGUAAGGCUUCCUCAUUGGGGCAUGGAUCAAGGCACAAAAGAUUCUGGAGUCCCAUCCACGCCACAUAAUCGUCAUCUCGAUCACAACCAGAUCAUGGUGAUGAUGAAUGCUAGAAACACCGUGCCGUCUUCCAAGGCUAGGCUGCCUGGGUCCUACUUGAGCUCGUCAUUCAAUAAUAACGAGUCCAUCAUGAUGCGUGGGAUUAUGAACACAUUGGAAGAAGAUAAUCACUUUAACAGCGAUCUCAUGGAGAAAGAGAUGGAAAGCCAUUCACUAAUUAGGAGGAGUGAUCAAGGCAUGACUAGAGAUUUCUUGGGGCUCAGGGCAUUCUCAUCGGUACCCGGGGAUCUGGUCAAGGUUCCUCGUUUCGACCCCAUGAAUUCUUCUUCCUCCUCCUCAUCCAAUUACAAUUACAGUAAUAAUAAGUACGGACAGCAGAAUAAGGACCAAUAUCAAUCGCUGUGGCAGAAUAAUUAGCGAUCCACAACUUUGUUAUAUGUAUAAAAAUUUUGAUGCAUAAGCAGACCAGAAAUUAAAUAUAUAUCCUUUUAUAUUUCAGAAUAAGGAAGAUUUGAAAGGAAUCUCCAGUUUUCGGUGUCUCCCGAGGGCCGAGAGUUGCCUUCUUA